UGGUAUGAAAAAGGGCUCUGCGACUGUGAGAAGGGUAGUCGUAUGAACCAUUGGUAAGAUCGAUUGACUUACGACCCUGAGACUACGAUCACACCUUCAAAAGAAGUCAUUAGUAUCGUAGGCGGCCAUUGUUUUAACUGCAUACAAGAGAAUCAUCAUGGCACCAAAUACCGAUGUUCUCAUAACAAAGAAGGUGUUCUUUGAUAUUUCUAUUGGAGGUGUACCGAAUGGUAGGAUUGAGAUUGGUCUCUGUGGACAUGUUGUCCCGAAGACGACAAAAAACUUUUAUCAACUGGCUACAAAUGAGAUGGGGUUCGGUUUCAGGGGAAGUAAAUUUCACCGAGUAAUCAAGGAUUUUAUGAUACAAGGGGGUGAUUUCACAAAUGGAGAUGGAACUGGAGGUAAGAGUGUCUACGGUGAUAAAUUUCCUGAUGAGAACUUCGAACUAAGCCACUAUGGAGCAGGAUGGCUAAGUAUGGCUAAUGCAGGAAAGGACACCAAUGGUUCUCAAUUUUUCCUUACUACAGUCAAGACACCAUGGCUUGAUGGUAGACAUGUUGUCUUUGGGAAAGUCUUGGAAGGAAUGGAAAUUGUGAAAAAAAUUGAGAAUGUGCAAACGGACGGAAGUGACAAGCCUUUAGAGGAUUGUAUCAUCCAUGAUAGUGGUUCUCUUCCAGUCGAUAAACCUUUUUUUGUAUUGAAACAAGCCGUUGAGACCGAAUAAUAGUAGACCAAAUGGGUAUAGCCUAUAUUGUAUUAGAUUAUCUGCUAAGUAUAUACCAACUUCUUGUAGACCAAUAAACUGGACAUUCUGACUGUAUAAACAUUACAGGUAUCAAACAAUCAUAAGCCAAAAAUGUCAGCAAAAUUGGAUUGAUGUAGAAUAAUAACAAUAAAAACAAGAUUUUGAUAUGUGCAUAUUUUAUCACAAAAACGUGUAUGCCCCGUAGACUAAUAUGAGAGAGUCGAUAAUAUCAAAAUAACCAAAUCGUAUUGCAAUACUUUAGAAAAAGGGUUACAACAAAGGCAAUUCCACAAGUUCAGAAAGGUAUUGAAUUCUGUUCCGCAUUAUGAUGAGGAAUUAAGAUACACAUUUCAUAUUGCAUAUAAUAGAAUUAACAAGAAAUAGGUGAAGUUUCCUUUUUUAUCAUUCGCCUACCGACCAGGAUGAAAUGUUUUUAAUUCUUUAUAUCACAUCCUAUUUUGAUGACAUUUUGAUUGAUUUAUUUCCCUUUUUAUACUCAAACUUUUUGUAGGAUUAAAAUCCUCCUCUGAUGGACUCUCUGGCUGCUUUAUAAAACUACCCAGCAUUAUGGCAAAACUACUCACCUUUCUAGUUUAUCCGAUUUUAACAAGUUUAUUUGGAAGCCAAAAAAAAAGUCAUGAACAUGCCCAUGUUGCACUAUUUUCCGCUUCAGUUUUGGAGUAGAAGGGGGCGGGGGGUUAAAACAUAACGUAAAUCUUCUUUUUUUAUCAAAUCGUGGAUUAACAGACAUGCAAGCCCCUGUACCAUUUGCUUGGAGAGAAUUAUUUAAAGUUGUAAACCAUCUCUUAAUAAUUGUCUGAGAAAAAAUCAUACGUAGAUCUCUGUAUAAAUAUACAUUAAUGAUAUUUUACAAGACAAACUGCAAUGUAUUUUCGAAAUAUUUUCACGUGUUUUUUUUUAUUAUUUUGUCGAUUUCGCUUUUCGAUCGGUCAAUAUGCAUGAUAUGUAUGCCGUGUCAUUUCGCCAAUAGAACAAAUUGUAGAUCGGCCUUUUUUAAAAUGACUUUAUGAUUUUGGUAUAUUAAUUUUAUUUGGACGCCCCUAAAUAACUUGAAAUCUAUUACACAAUGUUAUGUUAAGUGAGUAUAAUAUAUGGUAGUUCUGAAAAAAAAACCUGAUGCCAAAAGAGAACCAUCUCUUAGUGCAUUAAAGUAUCUUGGAUUUGAUCUGUCGUACACUAUAGCAUUAAAUCUACUAUUUUCCUGAA